AAUUGUCCUAAUUAUUGAGUUUUGAGUGGGGACAUGACCGUGUCAGACUCUGACAUGUGUGCAAGAAUAAUAAGAUCCGGAACCCUAAUUCACAAUUCCUCUUUCUCUGUCUCUGAGUUUUGAAUCUAGGGAUUUGCGGGUGGAGAAGACUAGAGCUCAUCUCUCUGCUUCAAAGCUCCUGUCCGGGUAGAAUUCUCUUCUUCCUUUGUGUUCUUUGUUGUUCAAUCGCCAUGGCUUCAAAGCGGAUUUUGAAGGAACUCAAGGAUUUGCAGAAAGAUCCACCCACUUCUUGUAGUGCUGGUCCAGUAGCUGAAGACAUGUUUCAUUGGCAAGCAACAAUCAUGGGACCCUCAGAUAGCCCUUAUGCUGGAGGUGUGUUUUUAGUUACUAUCCAUUUCCCUCCAGACUAUCCUUUCAAGCCUCCUAAGGUUGCGUUUAGGACCAAGGUCUUCCAUCCCAACAUCAACAGCAAUGGAAGCAUUUGUCUUGAUAUCCUCAAAGAACAAUGGAGCCCUGCACUAACCAUUUCCAAGGUUCUGCUCUCAAUCUGCUCGUUGCUGACCGAUCCAAACCCUGAUGACCCUCUUGUUCCGGAGAUUGCUCACAUGUAUAAGACCGAUCGGGCCAAGUAUGAAGCCACUGCUCGUAGCUGGACCCAGAAGUAUGCCAUGGGAUGACAGUGGUUGGUGUGUAAUACCUAUCAGCUUUCUUAUGUGUUUUGGGGAAGGAAGGGGGUGUUUUUUCUUAAAGUAACUUGCCAUUGUGCUUUGGAUAAGGGAAAGAUAUGGAACAUUCUUUUUAUUUAUUUCGCGCUUUAUAACUUGUGUGAAACCCUUGUUUCGUUCAAUGUCAAAGUCGCUGUGAAACCCUUUGUUUCGUUCAAUGUAACAAAAAAGCCUUUAGUUCUACACUGCAUAACUUAAUGCUUGGUAUUGACCUUUGUGGAAGGUAAGUUGGGGUUCUUUUUAUAAGAAA